AUGAAGCGCAGUCAACGCCCCGGAAUUAGCAGACUGAUUGGCUUUUUUUUAUUGUUCGAUUACACUCUGGUCACACAGAAUCAACAUCAUGUGCUCCUUUACCCGAUAAGCGGCGGACUGAUUCCUCAUUAAGGAAACAAACCUGACCAUUUCAACCGUGCAGUGUAUCGGUACUGUGUUGGGCCACUUUGCAGACACCACACUUCAACAUGAAGCUCUUCGAAGCCAUCGUCUUUCUGAGUUUUGUUGGCGGUGUCAUGGGGAUUUCGUGCUACGUGUGUUCCACGGGCCAGGCUGGUUGUGACGAUCCCUUCAAGCCCAGUGACGCUCUGAAGAGAAACUGCACCUCCGAUUACAACGCCUGCUACAAAGUAAAGGGUGAGGUCCUGGGUAUAACUGUGGUCGAGAGACAAUGUGAGAAGAAGUCUCAGUGCCUUAAGGAGAACGGCUGCUUCACGGUUGAAGGCCAGGGCAACUCGGCUACCGGCUGCUGCUGCACCGGGGACUACUGUAAUGGAACCGGUUCGCUGGGCGUGAUGUCCGUCAUGGUCAGUGUCAUCCUGGGCCUGCUGGCCACGGUCAUUGCUCCGUAAAGAUUGGAAACCAAGGAAGAUAUUCCUAGGAUAGCUUAUCAACGCACGCUUUUGACAAAUUAGUGCUUGUGAUCUUCGUCCCAAGCAUGAGCAAAGAAUGCAGGCAGGCACCCCUUUCAACAAUUAAACUCAAGCAGUUCUCUUACUCACCCUGCAGAACAAUAAUAAUGACAAUUCUGAUACCUUCGUUGCCUAUGAUAAUGCAAGAAAAUCACAGAUGGGAACGGGCUGCAUAACAAAAUGGUGACAGGCACAAGCAAUGGGAGCUCCAUGAUCGGUUGGUGGCAGCAGACAGGACAGACGCCCUCUCCAAACCGGGCAUUGAUGGGUGUCACUACCAAGAAAAGUAGACAGAGCCCGAAACACGGCCGGGGACAGCACCUGCGUCUACGGGAAAUGCAGGAAGCCCCUAGCUCAUCAGCUAUAUCAGCUGUCCAGUCAUGUAACUCGACACCGACUUUGAAAGCACUGUUCCACCACCGUUGGUUGACGGUAAAAUCCUUUCGGAGCGAUAAGUCGUAUCCAUUUCAAUCAUUUCCAGUGUAACAAUGCAAUACCUGAUAAUAGGUUAAAAGUGUUUUCACGUGCCUCCUUUUGGUUUAGUUCCAAAAUAACCCAGAUGAAAUCUGACUGCUUUUGAAUAUAUGAUUGCUCAGACGCCGCCGCAAAAGAGUAGUUUAGCCCAAGGAAACCAUAGCUGCAUUUUAAAAGACUCGAGACUGAGUGAAAGUACAGUGACGUCUUGAAUAUAGACAGCAUUUUAAUAGGUCUGAUAUUCGUGAGAUAGGGUUUUAAUAACAUAACUCAACAUAACAUUUCGGCAACACAAGAACAUCGAUAAAAAUUCAGCUGCCUUGAUUUAACAAGUCAGUAGUAAUUGGUUUUUUAGGUCUGCGUUCUCUGAUAUGCAGAAAUCUGCAGUGUACCGGUACCAAAAAUCGGCAAGGUAUUUUGCUCGUUACUUCUAAAUAAUGUUCCCUUCCAUUAAAGACAGAAACGUUAACAGUAAAUGAUUCGUAGUCAUGAAUAAAUGAUGACCAGUAAAAUAUA